AUGAGCGUGCUGGAAUGGAAGGACUGGGUGUAUUUCGGCAUGAUGCCAUGGCUUAUGACCCACGAGUCGAGAGGUAUGCGAGGUGGCUUUGGCGAGGUAGAGCUUUCAAUACAACGAGACAUCAUGUAG